AUGGCUUUUGCUGCGGUGGUUUUGGUUGAGCAGAUUAUUCAGCAAUUCUUGCAUUCUGAUAAUCUUUAUGAAUAUGAUGACUGUCUAAAGUCAGAAGUCAAGGCUUUCCAUCACAAAAUCGAGUCCUUGCAAUCGUCUCUUGGAAAAAUCUAUCCUAUUAAUAGUAGAAUCAGAAAAAAGGUACAUGAAUUGGAAUCCGACACCAGGAAGGUAGUUUACGCAGCCCAAGAUCGGAUUGAAGAGUUCAUUUCUAGUCAGAUCUACCGAUCUGCUUUCCUUCAAAAGUUAAAGGAAACCACAGGAGAGCUCGAAACAAUUUUGUCCGGGGAAAUUUCUUCAGCACGCGACUCUAUUAAGCAGAUCCUCGAACAAGUCCUGCUUUGUGAUGAUCUGUUCCCUUGCGAUGAUUGCCCUAGGUCAGAAAUCGAGUCUUUCCAUGCGGACAUCCGUUACUUGCAAUCGUCUAUUAGAAGCGAGGAAAACGGGAAUGAAUUGCGAUCUAAGAUCAGCAAAGUCCUCGAUCUGAUCAAAGCCUUCAUCUCCAGUCAGACCGCCCAAUCCGCUUUCCUUCAAAACUUGAAGGAAAUCAGAGGAAAGCUCGAUCCAAUUGUCGCCACCGCCAAGGAGAUAGCAGAUUCUAUGGAGAAGAAGCAGCAAACAAGUGCGCAGUCGUCUGCAAAUGCCGAGACUUCAAAAUACAGUCGUGCUAGCAAGGUUGUGGGGCAGGAAAAAGACUUCAAAAAGCUCAAGGACGUGAUCCUCCAAGAUACUCCAGAUCGUCUAAUAAUCCCAAUCACGGGGUUACCUGGCAUUGGGAAGACCACUCUCGCUCGGUGUAUUUUCGAGGAUAAAGAAGUCGGGGAUGGAUUUGCCAUUCGGUCGUGGGUGACUGUUGGUCAAGAGUAUAAUGCUGGAGAAAUCUUCUCAAAGCUCUUGGCUUCAGUCCACAAAAGGGAUGGUUCAGACUCCACGAAAACGAACCAUUGGAAUGCUGAGCAGUUAGCCGUGCAGUUGCACAAGAGCCUAUUCAACAACAGGUAUCUCAUUGUCGUGGAUGAUGUGUGGGAUAUUGUUGUGUGGGAUAGGAUUAAGAAAUACUUGCCAGAUAACAACAAGAGCAGUCGUGUAGUUGUGACCACUAGGAUUGAUAAUAUUGCUGUCAAGGUUGAGUCCAAUUUUGAUUGUCAUAAGAUGAAAGAACUAGAUAAAAAUGAAAGUUGGGAGUUGCUGCGCGAGAAGGUGUUUGGAGACGCGCAUUGCCCUCCUGAUCUGAUGAUUAUAGGAAAGAGCAUUGCAAACAAUUGUCGCGGUCUUCCAUUGUCAAUCACGGUAGUGGGCGGCCAACUCUCGCAGGAAAUAAAGAAUACAGAGUAUUGGAAAACUGUUGAAGAGGAUAUAAGAGCUGCCAUUGAUUUAAGUGGAGAGGACUACUUACGGGCGAUUUUGUCUCGAAGCUACGAGCACUUGCCUUGCAGAUUGAAAGGAUGUUUCCUUUACAUGGGCGCAUUCCCUGAAGACAGUGAGGUAACUGUAUCUAAGCUUGUAAAGUUAUGGGUUGCCGAAGGAUUUCUUGAGCAAACUGAAUUAUUAUUAUCUUUAGAGGACAAUGCUGAGCAGUGUUUAACUGAUCUACUUGACAGAAAUCUGAUUUUCCCUCUAAAAUUCAGUUCAAAUGGAAAAGUUAAAACUUGUGGCAUGCAUGAUAGCAUUCGGAGUCUAGCAGAGAUCAAGUCCGAAGAGGAGAGUUUUUUUGUUUCCGUUAAGAAGUUUCCCAGUCAAAGAAACCGAUCCAGUGGACUAAUUGCAGACUCAUUGAAAGGUAAAGAUACUCAGAGACGUAUAUCUGUUCAUAAAAACAUUCUAAUGUGUAUGGAAGAUGUUUACAAAUCUGCCAAAUCAGUCAAGCCUGCACGCACUCUUCUUUAUGCCGGCCAUUAUCAUCAUCACCCCUUGCCUUUUUGCCUCUCUUAUCACUGGCUUAGGGUGUUAGAUGCUCUUACUGUCCAUUUGACUAAGUUCCCAAAAGGUUUAGUUAAGCUGAUCCAUUUGAGGUAUCUUUCUUUAACCUACAAUGGGAAGCUUCCGGCAUCACUGUCUCAACUCAAAAAUAUUCUGGUUUUGAUUGUUCGCCGACAUCCCAAGGUUGUGAUCAUGGGAAAACCGGUCCUGCCAGUUGAAAUCUGGUACAUGAAACAACUGAGACAUAUCCUGUUGACAGAAUGUGACUUCCCUGAUUUAUCAGGAAUUCAAGUAGGGAACACUCCUUUGCUAGAAAACCUUCAAUCUCUUUCGAGUAUCAAUGUUGCUUGUUGUACAGAAGGGUUCUUCAAAAACAUGCCUAACUUGAAAAAGUUGGGAAUUUGGAUUGAAGCACCAGGCCCUAUAAACUUUGAUCCAGAUCUUCUUCCGGAACUCGAAGCUUUCAAGCUCACAGUGCUCAAGCCUAUCCCUGGUAAAGAGAUCAAGCUGCAGAAGAGUCUUGUUUCCCCAAUGAAGUUGAAGAAGUUGAGUCUAAGUGGUUGUGGACUAGCAUGGGAAUGCAUGGCGGAUAUUGGAAAAUUCCCAUGUCUUCAAGUGUUGAAACUACGACAGUUUGCCUUCCAAGGGCCUGAGUGGACUCCUGUGAAGGAACAAUUUCCCAUGCUCAAGCUGUUGCUGAUUGAAUGCUUGGACUUGGAGUACUUGAAGCUUGGUCGUUUCUGCUGUGAAAGCCUCGAAAGCAUAAUUAUCAAAAAUUGCUAUGAAUUGCAGGAAAUUGAUCAAGAACUUAUAAGAAUAGGAACUCUCAAACAUGUCGAAUUGGUCGGCUGCAAUUAUGAUGUUGUUCAUUGUGCUGAGGAAAUGAGAGACGAAUUGAGUGACGCUGGAAAAGAGUGGCAACUUCGCAUCUAUUCUUCAUGGGGAGAAGAAUCUUCCCCAGAUGGUAUGCAGCUUUCUUAA